AUGCCUCCACCGAAUAACAACACCGUCAAGUUCAGAGACACAAAUCAAAAGCAGGCCCGGAGCAGCACCACCGCCUAUCACGCUUUCCUUCAUGUGUUGUCGAAGAAUAUGGAGGUCGCCGCCAUAAAUAUUGGUCCCCUCGACUCCUUGGCACACUUUCAGGCGAAGGCAGGCUUGAGCCUCGUCGGGAUCAUUCCACAUUGGUGGUUUCCGCAACUUGAGACCUUUGCAGAAGACUAG